AAAACACUCAAAACCACAAGUCUUUCAACUGCAUUCGAAUCAAACACAAUGGCAUCAUUUAGCCCGGUAGUUUUUGUAGUUGCUCUACUAAGCACCCUUUGUUUGGGUAGUUUUGCAUCACCUACUUUAAGGAUAUUGGGUGGUAAUGAAGUAGGCGGCUCAGAUUAUCCUUACAUGGUUUCAGUGCGUCGUGAUACUGCCCAUGUAUGCGGAGGCAGUCUUAUUUCAUUGAAACAUGUUUUGACUGCCGCUCAUUGUGUAUCAGAAUUGGGAACUAAGCCUGUUGAUGCCAGUGCAAUUACAUGCCGAGUUGGUAGCAAAAAUCAAUUUGCUGGAGGAAAGCUGGUCCCAGUAGAAAAAAUUACCAUUCAUAAUUCAUAUGGAAGUUACUUGAAUGAUAUCGCAAUAUUAGAAUUAGCCUACAAAUUGGAUGAGAGUGCCAAAAUUAAGCCCAUCCAAUUGGCAGAUAAAUCUGAUGUUGUUACUCCAGGAAAAUCGGUGGCUAUUGCUGGUUGGGGACGCACAGAAACCAGUGGUGCAAAUGCCUACAAACUUCAACAAAGUGAUGCAACGGUCUUGAGUGCUUCGCAGUGUGAAGAUGAAAUCGGAUACGGAUAUGCAUCGUGCAUUUGUGUUCAGAAUAAGCCUGGAAGUGGCGCAUGUAAUGGUGAUGCUGGUGGUCCAGCUGUUUAUGAUGACCAACUUGUUGGUGUUGGUAACUUUGUAAUUGGUGCAUGUGGUACUAAAUAUCCUGAUGUUUAUGCCAGAGUUUCACACUAUUAUAGUUGGAUUAUCUCUAUUAUUGGUUCGCAGCAAUAAAAUAAUAGAAAUAGAGAUUAAAGUAAUAAAUUUAUAAAUAUCGAUAUUAUUGACACGUUUAUUUUGUCGAGCAAUAAAUUAAACAAUAAAUUAAUAAUUGUCUUAUCGAUUUGUCUCUAACACAUGAAA